CUUUGCAUUAGAGUCCAAUUCCACCGAACUCAAAACGCAGAAAGCAAAAGCAAAACAAAACCGAGCGAAAACACUCUCCAUACUUAUAAUAAUUAAUUAGUAUAAUCAAAGUAAUAAAACAUUCUAUAUAUAUAUUUUUGCGUUUUUGUUUCUCGAAAUGAAUGGGGAGGGAGAGCAAGAGAGAGUAGACCGAAUGGCGGUAGAGAAGGAGAAACUGGUGUUUAUGUGGGGGUAUUUGCCAGGAGCGUUGCCGCAAAGGUCUCCGAUUUUGUCCCCGGUGAUUGUGCUGUUACCUGCGGUGGUGGGUUCGACGUGGAAGGAUGUUUGCGGUGGUGGUUGCGGAUUCGCCAUGGCAAUUUCUGACUCUGGGAAGCUCGUUACAUGGGGUUCAACAGAUGAUCUAGGUCAAAGCUAUGUGACAUCCGGGAAGCAUGGGGAAACCCCGGAGCCUUUCCCACUUCCAACUGAAGCUUCUAUAGUAAAAGCUGCUUCAGGUUGGGCUCAUUGUGCUUCAGUCACAGAGAACGGAGAGGUAUUUACAUGGGGAUGGAAAGAGUGUGUUCCUUCAGGAAAGGUCUUUGGAGAUCCAUCUACAGUGGCAAGUUUGGAGAAAGAUGCACUUGAAAGACAAAGUUCAUUUUUGAUAGAGCAAGUGAGUCCACACUCUCAAGGUUCAAGAUCCAGUGGUGGAACCUUGUCUGGUACUGAUAGUAGGGGAAGUGGAGAGGAAAGUUCCAAACGAAGGAGAAUAUCAUCGGCAAAACACACUGCUGAAAGCUCAUCAUCUGGUGAUGAAAAUCUUUCAGCUUUUCCAUGUCUGGUAACGCUGAACCCAGGAGUCAGGAUUGCCACUGUAGCUGCUGGUGGACGGCAUACUCUGGCACUGUCAGUUUCAGAUAUUGGACGGGUGUGGGGUUGGGGCUAUGGAGGUGAGGGGCAGCUUGGUUUGGGUUCCCGGAUACGUAUGGUCUCCUCUCCUCAUCCUAUACCAUGCAUUGAGUCCUCCUCUUACAUGAAAGAUAGAUCUGCUGCCUUUUCUCGGGGAAGCAUGAGUUCUGAUGGACCAGGUUUUAGAGUUCCUGGAAAUUAUGUGAAGGCAAUUGCUUGUGGAGGGCGGCAUAGUGCAGUAAUCACAGAUGCUGGAGCACUGCUAACUUUUGGUUGGGGACUCUAUGGACAGUGUGGGCAAGGAAGCACAGAUGAUGAGUUAAGCCCAGUUUGUGUAUCUUCACUUCUGGGCAUCCAGAUUGAAGGAGUUGCGGCUGGACUAUGGCACACUGUUUGCAUCUCCGUUGAUGGAGAUGUGUAUGCAUUUGGUGGAAAUCAGUUUGGACAGUUGGGAACUGGUGGUGAUCAAGCAGAAACUAUCCCCAGGCUGUUGGAUGCUACGAGUCUGGAAAAUGUCCAUGCUAAGCUUGUCUCUUGUGGGGCUCGUCACAGUGCUGUGAUUACUGAGGAUGGAAAAGUGUUCUGCUGGGGUUGGAACAAGUACGGGCAGCUUGGCUUGGGUGACGUUAUUGACCGGAACAUUCCUUCUCAAGUUCCAAUCGAGGGUUGCGUUCCUGAAAAUGUUGCAUGUGGGUGGUGGCAUACCCUUCUUCUGGCGAAGUCACCAACGUGAGCAUCGAACCGCCCUCAAGGUCUUGGCAACAGUUUUGUUAGGUCAGCAGUUGUUUUUGGUAGUACAUUGGUUGUGUGUAUAUGCAGUACAAUAGCUUGUAUACGUAUACUUGUCUCCUUUCUCUCAUUCUUUCAUGGUGGGAAUUUACCCGUGACAUUAUAGGCCAACUUUUAACAAGAAAAUGCUAGGAAAUGCUAUAAUGGAAUAUUGAAAUCCAUUUACAGCAUGAUUUAGACCCUUUGUGUAGAUUUCUAUGUUAUACAGUCCGAACCAUCCAAUGUAAUCCUUGAUAAAGCUAAAUUAGUAACGUUAUAGGUGUGUAUAUGGGUUCAGUUUAAUGCAGGCUUGCUUUUGUGUUUUUGUCA